CUCUGCUUUUCCUUCGAUUUUUUGAAGAAUUGUGUGGUGAACUUUAACUUACUGGACAGUAUCAUUCUUCAGUUAUUAAGGCAUUCAAAUUUUACAUGAAUAGCUGCAGAUGGCUCCAUCGUCAUUGUCAACCACAAUAUUUGAUCUUUCGAAGGAAGAUCUCAGCUCAAUUCUGCAAACUCUGCAACCAGCCAUUGGUGCGGCAACGGCAAAUUCGAUGUCUGUUUGUGAACUUCGAGCCCGUAUCACCGAAUGGCUAAUGCUAAAUGAUUUGUCAACAAUGCAUGAUUUUAAGCAUCUGGAAAACUCCAAACAAUGGAAAGUACCAAACAGAGCUGACCACUGCAUAUCAUGUGGCAAAUACACGGUCACUUCCAUCGGAAAUGCCACAGCUACGAGUCCAAUAAUUGACCAGCCAUUAACAAGUCGAGAAUCGCUGGUGUUCGUUGGCAGGUCGACCAAUUUACCUUCGUCUGUCCUACAGAUCAUAGAUUUCACCAAACCACUGAAUUCAAAUGUCAUUUUGUAAGUAAUAGUUUUUCUUUUGAAAG